GUUAAAAAAACCCGGAGCCGCUUGCAGUCAAAAACAAUGAGUGCGCGCGACGCGCUCCGAGCGUCUCGUGCAGCAGCGGCGGAGUUUUUCCUCCGCGCGGAUCCGUAGGAUGCGUCUGUGCGCCAAAAAGAGGGAGAAGGACCACGGGAAUAUAACUUGACUAUCUGCGGAGUUUGUUUUCUGCGCAUGAGGGACAAAUCAUGCCUUUUUGCAAACGCACGAUACUUCCAAAAGAUGUGUGCAAGCCCGACCGCGCGGCGCUGCGGGACGCGCGUCCGCAGGCGGAGGUUUUUGGGGAUUUGGCGGACGUGUGCGGCUUCACCCUGUGCUCGGUGCUCCGCCAGCUGUCGGAUUUGUCCCGGCACUCGGUGAGCAUCCUGGAGGAGCUGGAGGGAGAGCUGGUGUCCGUGUGCCGCCGCUCGUGCGCGCUGGAGAGCAGAGUGGUCCUUCUGCAGAGGCGCGUUACGGAGCUGGUCAGCAAGCCUCCACCGAGGACCACCAGCGGUCUAGAGGCGGAGAGCAGUAGGCGUGCCCACUUCAGGUCUCCAUGGCAACAGAGCGUGAACGUGUUCGGCUCGUGGAGCAGGCCGGACUGUGUCGAGGAGCUGCACCAGCAGGCGCAGCUCAACCUCCAGAGCCUGCUGCAAGACUUUGAGGAGCAGCUGUAUGACUCCAAGCUGACUGGUCAGACUUUCCGCCAUCCGUCGUCCCAGAGCUCUGACGACACAUCCACCUCUCUCAGUCGGUCGCCUGUCUCCGUCAACAACAAGAGACCUGACUUCAUCUUCCUGCCGGCGUCCAAACAGCUCUAUGAAGAUGAAACCACCUCCUCGGUAUUUGGGCUGAGGUCCGUGAUCAACCCGUCUCCCUCCCCGUCCCCCUCUCCCUGCAGCUCAGAUCGCCCCCUGUUGGGCUGUAGUAGUAAUAACAGCAGCAGCAGCAGCACAGUCACAUCUGCAACCACUGGACCGCCUGUGGCAGAGAAACCCCGCUGGCAUCUGGGAAGACGAACACCUCACUUCAUACCGCUUGACAUCACAGGUGAAGCAGGGGGAGGAGGAGGGGGGAAAUUUCAUGGUGUUGACCUCCUGCAGCACUCUCCAUCCCCAUCCCCCUCUCUCGGGGACCCCUUCCCCCACCAGCCUCGCUCCCUAGAGCUGGUCACCGACACCCCCCACCAGAACCUCCCGCUGAGGAAGACGCACUCUGACCUCGAAACAACCUUACCGGCAGAUAAUCCCUCAGAGCAGCGUGUUUCGGACCAAAUCCACCAAGGAACCAUGGACCACUCUGGGCUGCUGUGCUCCAGCACGCCUUCCAGUUCCUGGAACGGACCGAAGGGCUCUACUUUUUCUCCCGGAGCGUGGGGUGAGGCGUACAGUUACAGCACAAACAAAGGCCCAGCAGUUCCACCUAAACAGCACAGCAUCGUGGUCAACACGAGAGGAGGGACAGCUGACGGGGUUGUGCUGGUGAACACGGGACAGUCAGUGAGCUCACACUCCAGUUCCUUCAUAGCCACAUCUGAGCCUUUGGGGAGAGGAGGGACUAACAUGGCAGGGGUUUCACUCGCAGCAGUGAUGAUGGGAAAGCGGACUGAAACCGAAGGAGCUGCAGCAGAUGCAGGGAGGGGAGGUGGGGGCGGUGGGGAGGGAGGGAGAGGGCGGGAGAGGUCGGCACGUUCUAUAGCAGCGGCGAAUGCCUUUAGGUUCCGGGAGCGAUCCCUCUCAACGCCGACGGAUUCUGAUUCCGUUUGCCUUCCAGAUAAAAACUCUGCGGAUCAGCCAGCUGGGAAUAACGCUGCCUCAACCGGGAAUGGGAAUGUUAUGGGAAUUACAGAUCACCAACAGCACUACAGCUUCAUGGGUUUAGGUGAGAAUUACGCUUUCCUCUACCCUAGCGGGAGCUCUGAAGACAGCACCAGUACCGCUGACACAAUAUCCGUCACAGCGUCAGACUACAGCGUUGAUGGCCGAUUGCGGCUGCGUUCCCGAUCCAUCUCGCUGAAGAAAUCCAGGCGCAAACCACCACCACCCGUGCGGAGUGUUUCUCUCAUGAAGAACCUUGGAGAAGCCGAAGGACGAAUCCACCGCGAUGGCGGUCUUUACCGGGACGGUCGGCCAAAGAGUCUGCACAUACCUAGAGACCACUUUCCAGACUUCCAGCCUGAUUUUCUUCUGCCCACUUCAUCCUGUUCCUCUAAACAUGGUGUUAGUGAGGGAGAGCUGGGCCAUGGGAACAGUGACGGGCCCCCAAGCCUGGAAAUCCAGGCACCGGACAGAGAGGGCGAGACAGAGCUGAACUUCUCUACUCACUGGCAGCUGGGAGACUGGAAGAAUGACCCCUACAGAUCUCUGUCAGGUUCGAGCACUGCCACUGGAACAACGGUGAUUGAAUGUAUGAAAGUCAGAGGCAGCUCAGAAUCACUGCUUGACUCUCCCUCCACCUCCAGAGCCACCUCGCCCUCACAGCUUUCAGUGGAAACGGACAUCAAGGCCUCCUCUCCCUUUAAACCACCAGGAUUUAUGUCCCCAUCGAGUGGUUAUUCCAGCCAGUCAGAGACUCCCACGCCGACCGUUCCACUCAGUCACAUAUCGGGUCCAGGAACAGUGGGAAAAACAGUGACGUCUGGAUGCAAGAUGCGCCCAAAGAUACCAGAAAGGAAAUCAUCAUUACCAUCACCUAAAGACCCAGCAGCGAGGUCAAGACUGUCCUUUGAGAUGCCUGGGAAUGCACAUCUGGAGCUGUCAUCAAUCAAACCAAAACAGAAAGCAAGCAGGCGGCAUUCCGACACGUCGACAGCUGCAAAACCUGGGAAAAUCAGCCCCAACUCUUCACAGGCAUUGCCUAUGGUUACCCAGAAUGAGUUAAAGACUGUUCGUCUCCGUGCAGUCUCCCGCGGUGACCUGGAAGACUGUCCUGAUGGGGCAUCCGACACAAUAGAAGAAGAGCAGCAUGGUCGAGACCUAGGCGAAGAUGUCAGCCCACCCCCAACUGCACCAAGACCAAAACCACCCGUUGCUAUCAAGCCGCCUUUACCCAAGCGACCCUUAAACCUGCUUCUCAAGUCAAAUUCCCCCUCUUCGACGUCCCCAAUCUCCAUUGAUUCUCCUCCUGCUUCACCCGUGGAUCGGCCCAUGCCCCUUGGCAACAUCUACAAAGUCAUGAAAAAACCCAAACCUAAAAAACCUCCACCACAGCCUACCAUAACUCCUUCAGUAUUACCUGAUUCAAUUUCCAUAAGCACUCGACAAGCUGUCUACGAUCACUCCUUCCUUUCGCACUCCCAGUCCCUCUUCGACCUCCCACCCCUUCCAGAUCCCCAACCUCUCUUGGAAGAUCCAGCAACAGAGCCAGAAUUUUACCCAGACCAAGUAUUUCAGCUUGGGCCGGAGGAAGGAGGGUCUCUUCCCUCCCCUUGCAGUAAUGAAGAAGCCCCAGAGCUCCCAGACAAGAGCAAGACACUACCCUCAAGGAUGACAAUAUCCUGUUUGUCAGAGCUCUCUGACAAAAAGAAACCCAAGGUCCCACCCCCGGUUCCUAAAAAGCCAAAUGUCCUGCUACUUCCCACAUCUGUCCACUCGUCAUCAAAUGGCAGCACAGACCGCCAGACACUGCAAGCUGACAGCCCCGUGGGCCUGCGGUCUCCUGUAGGAGUAUUUCCACCAGAAGACCUGCCCAAUACUCCAAGUGUUCCUGAUAUGCCUGAAGGAGAUGAAAACCACAUAGAAACAGAGGAGGAAAGUUCUAAAGAAUCGUCUCUUCAGUCGACUCUCCAGGAUUCGUCCCUCACAGAGUUGGAAGGGAAGAUGGGCGGCGCCGGGAUUGGGACAGAUGACACAAUGGAAGAGACCAGCUCGGCAGCCAGUGAGACGACAGCGUUACACAUUGCUGAGGAAAUGGACGACGACCUGUUGGCGAGUACGCCGACCACACACACAACUGAAGAUCUGUUCACCAUUAUACACAGGUCCAAGCGGAAGGUUCUAGGUCGUAAAGAGCCGUCAGACUCCUUCGGCAGUCGCCAGAGCCUGGUGUCACCAGUCAAGCACAGUACCAGCUGCGGUGAACAACGAAAUCUGACCAUGGGCAACAGCCAGAGAUCAAGUUCUCGAAAUGAGAAUUUCAUGGCUCUGCUUCAGAAGAAAGGCAACAAGUCUACCAGCGGAGGAGCCAGGGUCUCCGCCAUGGAGCUCCUCAAAAGCACAAACCCUCUGGCGCGGCGUGUCACCGAGUUUCCUAAUUCAACCUCUGUGGAGGGAGGCGAGGAGGCAUCCACUAACGGAAAAUCCGUUGAUCAAUGAAUGGAUGUAUCAUCAAUGAACGCUAGCGGAAUCCAUGAUUUAUUGAUAAAGUUAAUAAACAUCCAAGCAAUUCUGCAAUCUGACUCCUACAGCGGACAGACGGGGCCUUCUGAAGAAAAGUCCAGCUCAACUGCUCCAUCUACUGAUUGAUUUUUUUUUAUUUUUUUUUUUAGAAUGCCCAGAAUGUUCACUCUCGAGAUUGGAGCUUCAGUAUUGAUCCCUGACAAACUGGUCCCUCCAAUAAAGCAAGAAAUCUGUGGAAGUGAGCGGCGGACGUUUAACUUCAUGUCUCAACGAUGCUUCUCUGCAGGUGGCAGGAAAUUUGUCAGGGGGUGAGAUGGCUAGAAGGAUGGAUGGGCAGAUGCUGGGAAUAUCAGGAUUACAGUUUGGAUGUCUUUAUUCCUGGAUGAUAAUUACCAGUGUUCCUGAUAAAGAUGCACUCCAAACCGCCGAGAUACGACAGGAGGAGCCGUAGAAAUGAAUGGAAUAACUACAGAGAGUGUGAG